AUCAAAAUACAUUAACAAAAGCAAAAUGGCAGAACGCAGACGUUGAUCGAACGCGUACCGUAAGAACAGUGAGAAAAUAAAGUUUAUUUUAUUGUUAAUCCGCGGUUUUUCGGUGUGAAAUUAUCGGAAUUUUUCGGCUAAAGUGUGCGAAAUGACGGUGAACCUGGUUUGUGGCCGAAAAUGUGAUUGCGUAUGGUGAUAAAGUUAACGCGAAAAAAGUGUCUACCCUCGGUGAAAUCGAUGCGAGCGGCUGGGCUUUUGUGUGCAAAGAAGGUGAAGAAUGUGUAAUUAAACUUAAGGUUAUUCAAUAACUCCUGGAAAACGCACCCGUGUUCGGAAUGGGCAGCCAGUGAAGGGCGAAGGGUGCAUCCACGGUAGCGGAAGAAUCGACCGAGGAAUGACAAAACUUUUCUCGGCAGCAGCAGCAGCAGUGCACCGGGCGAAAAAAGUGAGAUUUGAAGGCCCGUUAUUAAACUAACAUAAGAAAGAUGAUUCGACCGCAUUUCGAUCCACCGUUGGACUACCAACAACAGCAACAGCUGCAACAACAACAACAAGCGGCUCAGCAGCAGCAAAUAUCAAAAAUCGUCAGUAGUCCACCACCAACAAUUGUCGGUACGCCGAACGGAACGACCAUGUGCGUAGCAAAACUACUUGUCGGAUUGGACCACGCUCCCAUGGCAUUCAACGUGCGACAUCGGAUUAUCGGAGAUGGUGGAACCAACUUGAACUACAUUCGCCAGGAAACCGGUGCAAAUGUUUCCCUCCGUGGCAGAGGUUCACUCGCUAUUGAACCGCAAACAGGACACGAAGCUCCCGAGCCGUUACAAUUGUGCAUUGAGCAUCCUACGUUGGAUGGAUUGCAAAGUGCAAAACAGUUAGCCAAAAAUCUCAUCGAGACUCUUCAAGAGGAGCUAAAUCUCUUCCAAGAAAACAUUGUCCCGAAACAAAAUUUUCAAAUAAUCCAACAACCAACGCUAGUCCAAACUACUCAGGUGCCCCAAAUGCCCCCGAUGAUCCGUGCUCAGCAUGUGGCGCAACCGAAUGGGAUAAUCCAUCAGCCACCGCCGCCUGUGUUACCGCCUCAAGGAUUUGUACAGCAUCCCCAGAGUCAGCCUCCUCCUCCGCAAAUUAUUCAGCAGCCUCCUACAAUCAUUCAGUCCCACGUUCCCAUGCAGAUCCACUCGCAGCCAAGCAAUGUGGUAAUCUCUCAAAUCCAAACUGCGCCGCAAAUGACCAACGUCAGUAAUCCUCCCCCGGGGACACAGAUCAGGCCCUCAAUGAUACAACUGAAAAACGCUGCUCCACCACAUCUUUCCCAGCCUCCCCCAAAUAUUCAACUGGCUCAACCGUCCGAGGCUCCACAGCAAAUAUUGGUCAACCAAGCACCGCCCUAUCAAGUACAAUACAUUCAGCAAAACCCUGCAAUCCAAACGAGUAGUGGCCCUCACCAACCUGGCCAGGUGACAAUCCAGCACGUCAUACAACCACAACCCCAGCCGAUACAAGGCAUAGUCCAAACAACGAUACCUCCUCCACAGUUUGACCAAUAUCAAAGGCCACCUCAAGGCCAGCAGAUUAUUGCCGUGCAAGGGAGUACGGCCUUUAUGGUUCCGCCACCAAACAUAAUCCAUCAGACAGUGGCUCCACCACAACCACAGAACCAGAUCAUUGUUCAGUCCCAACCCAUCAUUACGCAUCCCCCACCAAACUCAAUUCCACAAGAACUUGUACAAACAACGACUAUGCAGCCUACAAUUGCACAAUCGGCCACGCUCGGACCGCCUCCGAUGGCCCAAGUUCCGAUGAUAGUCAAUACCGCUGAGGACAAAAAACCCGGUGAACUUCAACUCAAGCAAGACCUUGUAAAACUCGAGGAAGCACCGCCUCCUGGGACCAUCAUCCAACAAAUAACCAAACCAACUGUGAUCCCUGUGUCAUCUAUGCCAGGUAUUCCGCUUACUCAACCUCCGCCGCCAAUCAUGUCGGUGCCACCGCCAACCGUGCAGCACAUCGUUGGGAAUACGAUUAUUACCUCCCAAGCGAAUCCUCCCAUAAGUCACGCUAUACCGCAGCAAAUCUACAGUCAAAUACCGGUGUCGAUACAAUCGUUCCAACCCGCACCGCAGCAAAUACACAUGAACGGGAGCACACAUUUUGUCGUCAACGCUCCACAUCCUUGGCCCCCGAGUGGGCCAACCAAUCCACCCCCGCAACAAAUCCAACAAGUUCCAGUCAGCUCCGUACAGAACAUCCACUUCACGGCACAACCGAUGCGCAAUCCAAACGAGUUUCAAAUCAUCAGUCAACCGACGAUCAUCAGUGCAGCAGAGUACCGGCCUCCGCCACAGCACAUUAUAACAACGAGUUCAUUCAACCCGCAGUUGCAGCCCCCUCCAGGAGUGCAAGUGUUCCAUACUGUCCCGCCACCAACGCAGCAGAUUAUUACCAGCAUACCCAAUCCGCAACCUCAACCGCAAAUAAUAGAGGCUCCCCAUCCGGUUCCACCGCCACACCCGGCAGCAACGCAUCAGAUUAUAACGGCACCGGUGCCUCCGGCACCACCGCCAUUCACCACCACGGUGCAGUACACCGCUGCGCCCCAUGAGCCAAAGCCAAUAACAAUCGACGUACAACAGCAUCAGAUGCAUGGAAUGCGACCAGGCCAGAAACGCAAACAUCCCGAUGAGGACGCGCUCAAGCAUAUACCCCCUAAAAUGGGAAUGGGGAUGAUUCAGAACAGCAAUGCCGGGCCGGUGACAGCAAAAAACACGAUGUCAUCAACGUCAACGGCAACGGUAACAACGUCGUCAACGUCCGGUGGUCUAAUAACAUCGCAAAUUUACUCUGCAGCUUCAACAGAUGACUUGCAACAGUUGGAGGUUGGUACUAAUUCGGGAAACGAGCAGCAGUCCGGCGGCGAGCACAACGUCGAAAACUUUGGCGGCGCCGGCGUCGGCAGCAACAACAUCAACAACAACAACAACAGCAGCAGUAUGCAUAGCGGACCGAAACAUGGGCAGAAUGGGCCACCUCAACAGCUGCAGCACAUGGGUGGACAUUCUAGAGGACGUGGUGUGUAUCGCAUAAACCAACCUUACUAUGCGAACAACAACAGCAACAAUAAUGCCAACGGACGUAAUAACGGUAAUGGCGGCCACUAUCAGUUCAAUAACUUUCAACGGGUGUACGAACCAGCACCUUCUUCAGGGCCACCCCCUCCGACCAAGUGCCGUUGGUAAGGUGUUGCCCAGGCCGGACGUUGCCGGAAGUCAGUGAUUCAUUACAAACAGUUGUAAUUCUAGUUUGUUGACAAUUUUUAUGUGAAUAAUACUGCAAGUGCUCGCGGAAAGUUCGUUGAGCAGCAAUUAUUAAUGCUACAUCAUAAUUUAUUAAUGUACUGUAAAUAAUGAUAAUUUGUUCCUAGAAUGAACUCUUGGUAGACUUAGAAUGUGUUAUUUAAAAAUAAAAGAUAUUAUUUUUGGUGAAA